GCUAAUAUUCUCACCGAGCGCGGGAGACAGAUGUGUGCUAAUCGACUUGUUUAAAAAAAUUUGAACUGUUUAGGCGGGACAUACUUAAUGAGGAGCGCACUGGCGGAAUAGCCAUUUAAGGCGCGUUACUCAAACAGAAACUAAGACGAUUCUUUUUAAGAGCAAACCUUAUGAGUGGUUAUCUUUUUGGUGUCGUAAGUUACAGAACAGAGACUUCUUGGCAAAAAUAAAUCGGUGAAUAAAAUGGCAAGCAAAAAUGCAAUCGGCAAUCGGGAAGAGGAUUUUUCUAAAAACAAAGUAAAAAACGUUGCAGCAACUAACAAAGCAGCGAAGAAAAACGCAGCUGGCGGCAGAGCCAAGAGCCCCGCUGCAGGUGGCAAGAGAGCCAAGAGCCCCGCUGCGGGUGGCAAGAGAGCCAAGAGCCCCGCUACGGGUGGCAGCAGAGCCAAGAGCCCUGAGACAGCUGGCACGAGAGCCAAAAGCCCCGCUGCAGGAGGCACCAGACCCAAGAGCGCCGUCGCGGGUGGCAGGAAAGUCGGUGCUGCUUCGAAGGCUAGCAGCAGAGCCAAGAGCCCCGGUGAGGCUGGCAGAAGGGCCACGAGCCCGCCACCUCCUGCUCCCAUCCCUGCCAACGAGGCUGCGCCCCGAGUCUCGGGGACAUCCCAGGACAGGGCGACGAAUUCGGACAGUACUCGAAGAGGUAGCUGUCGCGGCAGACCGUCAACUCGCCAAGGUAGCGCUGAGUUCCCGAACGUGGAAGAGGAAGCGUGUCCCGAGCGGGCACCUCCACCCUCGCCCGACAUUCAGGUCCCAGCUGAGGACUUAAAUCGAAUUCUGCUUAAAGUUCUGGACAGCAUAAAAAUACGCCAGACGGACAAAUCCGAGGCGUCGAAGCAAGUGAAUGAUUUGAUGAAGGAGAUUUUGUCGCAGCUCAAGGAGCUGGGGGUCUCGCAGCAGAACACUGGGAGCUACUAUGAAUUUGUUAAGAUUUCAGAAGCGAACGAGUUCGACUUCAUGCUGACCAUGCCGGUGGACCGAGUGAAGUUGGAAACAUUCGGCGAGGAAGUCGCCUUCUACCACGUCUCUUUGAAGAGAAACGCAAAAAAGGAACUCGAGAAUUUUGUAGUGGAUGAGACGACGCUGUCAGCGAACUUAAUGCUCACAGAAUUCAGGAAAGAAAUCAAGAAGAUUUUACGGAAAUCUAAAGUGGACGCUCACCUUCAAAGAAAGAAGCCGGGCUGUCCUGCCAUCACCCUGUCAUUAAAGAAUGCAAAAGAAAACGGAAAAGACAUUGAAGUGGACAUUGUCCCUGGGCUGGAAGUGCAUAGCAGCUGGCCCCCUGCAACAAAUGAAGGUUUCAAAAAAAUCGAUACAUGGCUUGGAACAAAAGUUAAGAGAACAUUGAAACAGGAACCAUUUUACCUUGUACCUAAAUAUGUGGGUGAUGGAACUACAAAAAGAAACGGAGUCUUGGCAAAAGAUGUAUGGCGCAUUUCUUCUUCAAACAUUGAGAAGAAGAUUUUAAAAGAACAUGGUCAAACAAGGACAUGCUGUGAAGCUCAUGGUGUAAAAUGUUACAGGAAACAAUGCCUUAAACUGCUGAAAUAUUUACUGCAAAAGCUAAAGGAAAAACACCCCCGGGAACUGUCCAAAUUUUCCUCAUACUUUAUGAAGACCACCUUGUUGCAUGUUUGUGCAAAGCAGCCAGAAGAUGCACAAUGGAGUUUAAACAAUCUCUCCCAACGCUUUCUGCAGCUUGUGACUGAUCUCAUUGAGUACUUGCGCUCGGGGAACCUUCCUCAUUUCUUCAUUCCAGAAUGUAAUCUUCUAGAAACCAUUACCACCCAAGCAAACAGAGCGUUUUUAAUCACUAAGCUGGAAUAUGAAUUGAACAACUGGUUUCCAAUUUUUAAGCCAUUGUGAGGCGAUAAUAAAAGUUGGCGACGCUGCGCAACUCUGUGCACUUUGCUUCUUUGCACCUUGCAUGUUUUCUGCACAACUAGACACCCAUCUAGUGUAAAGAUCAACUGCUUCUGCUGGUAUCAGAUCACAAUGGAGCUCCACGCUUCGGUUUAGUGUCAGUUAAUGUUGUUUCCUUUUUCUAUGUUGUUUCCAUCAGUUUAUAUUUAAGUUUACAGUGAAUUACUUUCCUGUAGAGCAGAGGGUCCUCGAUCACGGUCCUGGAGGGCUGCAGAUUUUUCUUCCAACUAGUUUCCUAAUUAGAACACACUAUUUGCAAUACGAUGUAACUAUUUGGCUUGUCCAAGAGAAAUUUGAAUUGCACUGUAGAGUUUCCUUCUUUGAGAACAUUAAAUCUGUUGUGGUCCACAAAACACAUGGCUAAACUGAACGGUCCUUCCAAUUUCUAAACACAUUUUUUUAAAAACACAGAUACUUCAUGGUGCAUUUGCAUGUUAGCUAGAGAGUUGCUGGUUUAUUGGUUAUCUGCAUUUCAUAAUUAACUAAUGUCUGGUUAAGAAAACAGGCAACAAUUAAAUAUUAAAUGCAGCUCCUAAAAACUAAAAUAGGCAACGAAGGGUUCUGAAUUGCAAUUCAAAAGAUAACUAAAAUGAAGCCCAAAAAGCGUGUUGCUUCAGUAGUAAAUGAAUGAGUUCCAAUUAAGGAACUGGCUGGAAUGAAAACCUGCAGCCACUGCGGCCCUCCAGGACUGUGACUGAGGACCCCUUCUGUAGAGUUUAUUAUUUUCCAUGAAUUUUCUUCAUUAUUGUAAAGUUCUAUUAAAACCUUUUCCCUCCGUUUUAAUAA